UCCAGUUCGUGAUCACUUCGAUGUCGUAUACACUGCCAGCGUGAGCACCGUGCUCACUUGACGCAUUUUUUGUUCCCCCCGAUUUCUGUGGGAAGUGUUUGUGUAUGCCGGCCAAUAAAUGUCAUCUUAAUAUGAUUUAUGCUGCUCCAGAUUUUAUUGAACUGUUAGAGACUGCGUUUUUCACAAGUCUUGUUAAUCCUGAAUUCAAUAUAGGCUAGAAUAAACCGUUUUUGGUUACAUUUUUUAUGAAAGGAAGAUCAGAUGCUUAGGGUAUUCUUGGCGUAGGCGUCAUUUCCAAAUUGUUGGGAUAGCUGCCAAGGCUGUAGAGUUAAUUAGCCAAUUUUAUCUAUUUUAGACAAAUCAUGAGGAAGGCUUUUUUAAAACAAGCAAAAAGGUUUCCAUGGAUAACCAAUGUGAGUCUGUUUGGCUGCUUGUUCGCCGGUGGGGAUUUUGUACAUCAGUGGUUUUCUCGAAGAGACGAAAUGGACUUGCGGCAAACCGGAAAGGUUGCUGUGGUGGCUUUUAGUUUCCACGGCAACUUCAACUACUUCUGGAUGCGUGGCUUGGAGCGGCGGUUUCCUGGAAAUUCCGCAAGCAUGGUACUUCGCAAAGUGAUCCUGGACCAAACGAUUUCUUCACCGAUAGCCACCAGUGCCUUCUAUACAGGGAUGAGUUUGUUAGAUGGCAAAGAUGACAUUUUCCAGGACUGCAGGGGAAAAUUCCUGAACACCUAUAAGACUGGGCUCAUGUACUGGCCGUUUGUGCAGUUGCUGAACUUUACAUUGGUGCCAGUAUAUCUGAGAACCACGUUCACAGGCUGCUGCGCUUUUGUGUGGGCCAUCUUCCUGUGCUUCUCACGACAGAGUGGGGACGGCACCGCAACCGCUGCCCUCACCUGGAUCCUGGACCUCAAAAAGAGGCUCCUUUUGCCAGACUGUGAAAAAUCUACAGGACCUGAACCCACACAGAGAGAGAUAGGCAAUGACACGGGCCACUCGGAGGGAAAGAAACCGUAAUUUGUUCGGAAUGAAGAAACGCUGUGCUUGUGCCUUUGUGGAAAGACAUCCGUGUUGGACUUAAAUGUCUUUCAUUUAAAAAAUGUGAUGAGUUUUAACAGUAAUUAAUUUUUAUUGCCUUGAACCCCAUUUCAUAUUGCAAAGUUUUUCAGGGAAACUUUAAGAAAUAAUUUAAGCAUUACUACAUCAGAAUGUAACGUACAUCAUAAUAACUUGUGUUCAUCCCAAAAUCGUAUACUUCUCUGUCAUCAAGGCAAUUCAGAUUAGACCAAAUGUAUAGUAUUCCAUAAUUGAGAGUUCUGUGCUUGUUGACAAAUUUGGCAUUUUAGUCAUCGAUUGAUACAUGUGAUAGGAUGAAGGGACUUUUUGUCUUGGCGAGUUUAUACAGACUGCUCUGCAGAAUUGGCAAAACAGUUGAAGUAACAGGCUGGUAGCCGGAUAGCUUAUUAUCCCAUCCAUUAUUCAUCCGUUGUCUGUUAGCAGUCAGAUUGUAAUCAUUUGAGUAGCUGUGGGCCAUUUACAGAUAUUAUUAGUUAAACACUUCUUUGAAGAUUGCACUUUCAUUCUAAAAGUCCUUUGUCUAUAACUGCAAUAUAGUGCGUGGUGUUUUAUUUGAAAUUCAAAAUGUAUGACUCAGGUGUGUUUUUCUUUGUAUUGUAUCUCUCAUUGACACAUACAUGUGCACAUGUGCACACACACACACACGCACACACACAAAACCUUUUACAUUUUGUCACUGCAUACUGCCUUCGGUGUGAAUUUGAAAUUAAGGCUUUCUUGGCUAGCUGUCUUUUUCUUCUCUUUCAAUGUAAAAUAUAGAGUACUAGUGGUAUUUGUAAUUUUAGCUUUUAGGUCAUCACACUGGUGUUUUCCUAUUAAAAGAUAACUUUGAAACAACAGAUUAAUUACCAUAAAUAUCAACACAUUUGUUUUGAAAUGUAUGUUUGUGUAUGUAUGUUUAUUUGGAAAUUUUGGUGAUUUAAUGUAUAGUUUAAAGCAGCAUGUUUAAAGUUAGGAGGUAGUUAUUUUUUAUAGUCAAAAACACCACUGGAAGCUAAUAUUAUUGUUCUAGAACUGUUGAGCGAGGAACAUGUGCUAAAUUGCUUCAGUAAAUAAUCAGCUGUACUGGACCAAUUGGUCAUGUGAAGUGUAAGCUAUCUAUAGUACAUUACUCUAGACGAGGGCCCAUGGCAUGCAAAUGUGUAAUGUAGUUAUAUCUUUAUGUAAAAAUAAUAGUGGCCUAUAUCUUCAAUACUGCACCUUAUUAUUCCAAUGGAAUAGUAAUAAUAAUAUAUAAUGAUAUUUUAGGGGUUUAAACAGAAAUUUGAGAAACUGGGAUAGUAAACAAACAUAUCUACACACUUGUAUUGAUAAUAGGAAUGUUUUAUAUGAAUUUCUCUAUCUUUGGAAUUUGCCAGUGGUGCAACUGUCAUUAUUAUCAAUGGUUGUUGUUUGGAUCUUUAAUGGACAAUGAUUCCAGAAUUUAGCCUAUACAGUAUUAUAGUAUUGCACUUCUUCCUUUGGUUUCUUUGUAACUGAUUUUGUAUUGUGACCCUGUUUACAGAUUAUACAGAUAUAAAAUCUGACUAUAUUUGGCUUACUGAAGUUUAUUUUGAUUUACCAAAUAAAUAUUUGUUAUGAACAGUGGAAUAUAUUUGGGUAAAUUCAUUACAGUAUAUAGCCAGGCUUCUUGCUGUGUCUUUUUGUGCCAUUUUGCCUAGUCCUCCUUGCUCUCGCAUUGUUCAGUUCCAGGUUGGCUUUAGUGACAUUAAUGUGAUUUUGGCUUUGCACACUCUGGUGUGUUCCUCUUGUUCUGGUUCUCCAGAAAUAUUUAUGAUGCUGUACAGAUGUAAAUUUAUGGAUUUCCAUUCUUAAUCCUUUAUUGGGGCUGAUAUAUCUUUUUCGGGGUUUGUGUCUCACUGUUUUGCUGUUUUAAAGGUCAACUGUUUUUGUGUUUGUAAACCUCUUAGUGUUAUUUGACAAGCUAACUGCACACAUCCGAGUUCAAAUUCCCUAGUUGAUGGCUAAAUUAUACACAGUCUUUUUUAUUUUUAUACCAAUCCUAGGGAUAAAAUAGAAAAUGCAAAAGUAAUUUAUGUAUUCUUGAAUCUAGUGGUGUUGUUACCCUACUUUGUAAAAAUGUCUUUAUGAAUUAUGAAUUGUGUUUUCUUGUCUUUAAUAAACUUUACUUCAGCUUCA